CUAUAUAUUAAAGCCGGUAGAAAACGGCCCCAGUUAGGCUAUCCACGUCGUUAAGAAUCUGUGCACCGCUCGAUUUCGAAUCAACGUUUCAUGUGUGUUGUUGUAACAGUUGUGGAGCGGGACAGAAAAGGACACGUCGUUCGCCUCUAGAUAAUUCCAGUAGAUACUUCUCCAUCGGCUGCAUCUCACUUUCUUUCUCUCUGCGUUCGCCAUGCUCUCGCUUUCCUUCUCUCUGCUUUGCUUUUGUGUCGUCGAUGUCGAAAACUCCUUCCAGACCAAGCUUCGUCUGCUGUCGGCUUGCACCAGUCCUCACGGCCCACGUCGAGGGAGACGAAGGGAUAGGAGGCGGAGGCGGAGGUUGCAAAAAAUGGCCGGGAGCAUGCAGGCGGUGGACCCAGCGGGCCGGAUAAGCGCGUUGCUCGCAUUGCGCCAGCUCCUCGCCAUGCUCUAGCCGCUGGCCCUGCUCCGCCCUUUCAUUGGCGCGCGUGGCCGGGGCGUCCGAUGUUGCGGCCUCCGUGUUGGGGCUAGCGGGAAAAGGGGAAGGCGGCGGCGUCAGCGGUUCUACGGGUGCCGGCCGUCUCGCCCAUGGUCGCCACACGAAGGAAGAUAGCCACGCGCCGGACGCAGGAGGCCAGGCGGGUGUACGAUCUGAUCCCCAGGCCCCCUACUCCUUUUGCUACGUAGGAUGCAGACCUGGACAUGCCAUGCGCCCAUGCCUUCUUGGUGGUUGGUUUGUUCUUCAGAUGUAGAAAGCUACCCGAAAUCCAUUGAACUUUGGCAGUCUUUUUCAUGGUUUCCUGCUCCUAUUUCUAUGGCGGCCUCGUCUUGUUUGUCAGUCAAGCAACAACCAUGUGGCACAGAUUAAUAAUUCAAUUCAAGGAAAUAUAAGUACUGUUGUAUGCCAUUCUCCAGUCAAUUCUAUAGCACGGAGGGUGCUUGGUUCGUUUAUCCGAAAUUUGUCAGGCUCAGCUCAGGCUCCGCUCGAAGCACUGAUGACCUACAUGAUGAUUGGUGCCACACGCCAUGCCACAACCUUUGUGUCUCCACGGAUUGUUGGAUUGGUCUUGGCCUCUUCAGUAUUCUUGCAGCAUGCAUGUGGGUAGUAUCAUGGAACUGGUAUGUAAUAACCAAAAAGAUGUUAGCAAUUCCUAAACUAUCUAGACACAUUGGUUAUUUUCAUGCUUUUAUGUCUAAUCAAAACUACAACGGUGACCUUUCAUUGGUUCUUAACUAUGUUUACUUGCCCAAAGAAAAACAAAAACUCUUGUGUUGUGUGGUAUUAGCCGGUAGCUUUAGAAAGUCAUUGUGAACUUUCUUCGAAUGUAUCAUUAUUUUAUGGUCAUUAAAACCAAUAUUUUAUUACUUUGGUAAAUGUGUAUAUCCACUUAGUUCUAUAUAUAUAUAUAAUGUUCCUAUGUCUAUAAUAACAAUCUUUUAAAUGUGUAGCCACAAUGGUCAAAAACUCGCACAAGGCGUGAGUAAUCUAUUUACACGUAAAAAAAUUCAAACCAUUAUAGCUUUUUUACUGUAACUACGUCAUUUAUUUAUAUGCCAAAAAAAACUUCAACCCAGGCACACUUCACGUUUCAUUUGGUGUGUGCUUUUGCUGCUUUUUCCUUACACAUAAAAGUGUUCUUCUCUGAUAUCUGUAGUUGUAGAUAGAUUAUUGUUUUAUAACUUUCUGUUAGUUAUUGUUCUAUCACGACCUGUUACCUAUCUAAUGUCCUGCCACAACAUCGCCAUUAAUGUGUUUUUCAGACUUAAGUUAUGAGGUGUUUGUUCUUUUUAUAUGUAAAUCCUAAAAAUUUUGACUCCAAAGUCAUCCAUUACAUUAUUUUACUAAAUCUAUAUCUUUAACUUUUGUGUCACUCUGCAUUUUUUAAGAUUCAAAAAACAUGUUCUGUUUUACAGUUUCAUUUCUUGUUAAUAAUAUGGUAUUGUAUUUCCUUCUAUAGUGCUCAAACGUAAUGAUGUUUAUCCUUCUUUGAUAAAUAUAGACGAUCAUAAGUACCAAUCCAUGAUGCUUUAUCCUUAAACUCCUCCACAAACUCAUCUUUUCUAAUAAAAAGUUGGAAAGGACGAGUUAGAAUUUCAUGUACAGUCCCAGUGCAGCAGUAAAACUCUCCGGAUCGUAAGUAUAGUUUGUAGUAACCUCUACAAUUUCUUUACAUUCGGAUUUUGAUCCAUAACCUUUGUAAUCAAUUUGACUGAAUCAUUUAUCCCUAAGAUCCUAUGAUUAAACAACCUUCAUCGAUUAUAGAAUCCCAAGGAGCAUGCCAAAUUUGUAGGCAAAUUUUAAAUCAACAGUGUUGGCAAGGAAUGAUAAUUUAUAGUUCAUUUGAAAUACUACAUUAAAUCUUAUUAAUUGCGGUUACAACAAACUAAAGCCCUACUCCUAAUCUUUGCAUGUAACAAAAACUACAUGUAUUCUAUGUAAUAUAAGAGCACCCCUACAAUGCGGCUACUUCAAUGAACAAUUUGUAAAUGCAUUUAAAUGUACUCACUCAAAUAGUCUUAUUUUCAAAAUUGAGUUUUCCAUUUUUCAUAGUCCUAUUUGAGUUGUGAUUCCAAAUCUGAUAUAAAUGGUUGUUUAUGUCCCCGUGCAAAGUAACCCAUCUACAAAAAAAGACUGGUGCGUGUUUAUGGAAACAUCAAUACCGAGGAGUUUUCGCAAAAAAACAAGGAGUGUUUCAUGAUGUAAUUAAUUAGAUGAUAAGAAAGAGGUCUUCUCCUUGGUCAUUGUACCAAGGUGAAAUAGAACUAUAAGUGAAUGGAGGGAGUAUGUAACAUUCUGAAUUCACCAUGUAAUAUUUGAACAAAAUAAAAAACAACAGAACCCAAUCAAUUAGUAACUUAGUACUAACAGCUACUUUUUUAUUCUUUGUCAAAUCUAAUUUAUCUCAGCCUCAUAUAUGGAUAGAUCAUAUUAUGGAUCACUAAAUCAAGAAUGGCUGCAUUGUCAUGCCAUAUUCUGGUACGAAGAGAGAGUUCGUAGCAACCAUCAUGUCAGAUCCAUUGUUUAGAACAAAUGUUGCAAAGGUACUAAAGUAUCUUUACCCAUCUAUAAAUCUAGACCGGAAUCACUGGCUACACUUGCAAAAUUUAAUGGUGAUUCUAGAAAAUUUAUUCAAAAUAUAAGACAAUACAAUUGUAUCUUCGCUUUUACCUCAUUGGGAGCACACACUGAUGGUCGAGGUCCUCCAUUGUUUAAGAUUUGUGGCUACCAGUUAUACUCUGUUUUUCCAAUGUAACUACCUUCUUCAUUUAAAAAUUGAUAUGUGACAUCUAUCUAUAAAUGUAUGCUUUGAGCGCAGAACCUAAACUUAUUUUGUCGUGUUGUUUUGAGCAUAAAAAAAUAAUAUAAUUUAUAAAAUUAAAUAGAGCUAACUUAAAUGUGUGACAAAGUGCGCCCAAGGGCGCGCCCCAUCUACUAGUAACUAACUACACAUGUCCAGAGACCAGAGAGAGAGAGAGAUUGAAGACGACGAAAUGUAGGAGAUUAUCAGACGUUCUUGUUUCCGUCUUUUUUGUCUAUAACUAACAACAACGACUAACAUGCAAGCAGAUAUUAGAUACAAGCGUGCAAGCAGAUUUUUUUCCUGUUAGAUCUAAAUCCAAUGGUAGAUAUAAUUAUGGUUUGUUAGGAGUUUUCUUAUGGUGAAAGAGUUUAAGUGUUAAAUAUGACGUCGUUAGAUCUAGAUUUAACAGAGUAAAAUAUCUACUUUCAGGCUUCUACCUAGUGCAUGCUUGUAUAUUAGUCUUCGCCGUAACUAUAUUACAGAGAUAUAGACAUCACAAGGCUGCUGUCGUAGAGAUGGGCCGAAUUUCUCAAUGGGCACACGACGUGUCGCCAUGAGUUUUACACAUGGGCCUAUGACAGUUGGGUUUGUUGUACUGUUGACGUGUGUCCCAAUUCGGGUAAUCUCAAUCAAAACUGCUACAUCUAGCCCAAAUAACCUGCCCACGACCGCUCCACUGCACUCCUCGUCCUCGCCGUCGCCGCCACCGCCACCGCCGAUGACGCGCAUCACCGCGCCGCCGCCACCUUCCUCGCCGCCGGGGUCCCCGCCACCCAUCCGCCACUCCCCAGCGCCGGCAACGCCGCCCUCUCGCCGCCGCGGACGCCACUCGCCGUCCCCGUCUCUCGCGCUCACCCCUUCCUCCGCCUCCACCUCCUCGAGGCCGAAGCCGCGGCCCGCUCCGAAGCGGGCCUACUCUCCGGCGCAGUGGGUGCCUCUGAACUCCCACCCCGUGUUCUCCCGACGCGACGGCGACGGCGGCGGCGGGGACGCCGCGUGGGACGCCGCGGCGUCGCGGCUGUACGCGUGGGACCCUUCAGCGUGCAGCGUCCACCGCAUUGGCGUGCGGACUAGGGACCCGGACGCGGAGAAUGGUGAGGUGGAUGUGACCGUGGAAUCUGCCGUGCCUUCCGAGCUGUUGACGCCAGAGUCCGAUCUUGGUUAUAUGGUCACUCACAUAUCACUUAACACUGAUGGUUCAUCACUGCUGCUUGUUGGAUCACAUAACUUAAAUAUCAUGUAUGUACAUGAGAGGAUAUCUGAAGAUGGGGAUACAAUCAUAUGCAGGACUGCACCGAUUGCUUCUCAGAUCCUACCCAGUGACAGUGAUGGCAUAAAAGUUCUCCAGGCAUCUUGGCAUCCCUUUAGCAAUAACCAUUUUGCAGUUUUGACAUCAGAUGCUGUUUUCAGGUUAUUUGAUCUUUCAUCCGAUUUAGAACAGCCAGAGCAGGGAUUUUAUUUGCAGCCAAUUGUACCUGGGAAAUGUCAAAAUGCUUCAGCGAUUUGUCCAGUGGGUUUCUCUUAUGGGAGCGAUCAUCUAUGGGAUAGAUUUUCGGUUUUCAUCUUAUUCAGUGAUGGUUCAAUUUUUGUCCUCUGCCCAGUUGUUCCAUUUGGAAGUGACUAUAGCAAGAAGCAUAUUCAGGAAAUAUAUGAAGAUGUUAAUGCAUUUGGAUUGAAAUCUUCAAAUCCAAAUGUUGUCACUAAUUCACAUUUGGCCAUAGCUUGGUUGGAGGCAACAUUUCCUGACCUGUUACAUCAAUCAACAGAUACCAGUUUUCUGAUGUCAAAAGCUCAUGCAUAUGCGCCAUUAGAUGAUUCUCUAACAUUACAGGGGCCUCUUUGUACAGUUUGUGAGGAAAGUAAUGAAUCUGAAAGCAAGAGCAGCAGUUGUGAAGGAAAAGCUGUAGGUUUUAUGUACAGUUCUGCUGGCAAAGAUUCAGUUCUUGUGACUGCCUGGGGUAGUGGGCUGCUUCAGGUUGAUGCUCUUGCAGAUGAAAUUCAACCGCGGUGGAACAUUGGGGUUCCUUCGCGUCUUAAUGUCGAUUCACAUGGACAAAUAAAUAAUGUUGCCAUGAUAUGUGACUCCAAUUCGCAAGAUCCAUUGGCGUUGAGAUCGCAUCGACCAUCUAGUACAGGAUCAAACGUGAAGAGCAACAUAGAAGCUGUUUGGAUGGGACACUCUCCUCCUUUGCUAAGGCUCGCAAUUGUGGAUUUGGCAUUACCAAAAACUCCUAAUGAUAACUCUCUGUCAUUGUUUGCUGAUCCCCUUGUUCCAGAGAGAUUUUAUUGUGCGCAUGGUGGGGGGCUUGACAUGGUCACACUGCACUUCCUACCAUUUUCAUACCCUGAAAUGUCUUCGACACCACCCUCUGUGCAUCCUGUCCUCACUACAGGGAACAGCGAAACAAGCUCACCUUUUCUUUCUGGAUUUGUUACCAUAGCUGAUGCAUAUGGUCAUGUACAGUUAGCUGGCAUCACAUGCUUGGGUGAGUGCUUUGUGGUGGAGAUGAAGGGUUGGAAGGAACCGGCACCUCUUCAGCUUGACUUAGAAAGCAAAAUCGUCAAGGAUGUGGAGCCUCCUGCAACUGGAAUGAUCAGCAAAGAACUUAUUGCUGGUCCAGACCCACCCAUACUUCCAUCAUCUUCAAGCCUGAAAUCGUUGACCCCAGACUCUAUUGAAGGAAAAUCUACACUUCACCACUAUAUUAAGGUCUUCCAUGAGUACUAUGUGGAGUACGGACACAAGGUGUUCAUUGAACUCAAGGAGCAUGCGGACUAUUUGAAGACAGAAAUGGAAGAUAAACAGAAACGCUUGGAAGCAGUGAAGAAAUCACUUAUAUCCGUAGAAGCCAAAGAUGGAGACAUCAACAAGAGGAUAGAUCGGGCCUUCAAGGUGUAUGAACUGUUGGAGAAGCGAAUAGAUAGCUUCAAGAUGCUUCCUGCUGCAAACAAGAAACCAUUAACCCAGGCAGAGCAGGAGUUCAAAUCACAGCUUGAUCGGUUCGCAGAUGUGGAGCUGGAUGCUUUGCGUUCCUCCAUUGCCGCCCUGAGUGCUAGGAUGAAACGUUUUGCUCAGCAAUCCACGGGCAGUGCGGCUAGCACAGGAAUGGUGCCAUGGCAGGCACAAAGGGCUGGACGGAGCCAUAUCUCAGAAUCCCAGAUGUCACUUCUGAAAUCUUCGCUUGAGAAGCUCUCCCUCCUCAACGAAGAGAACAGUCUGAAGCUCCGGCUUAUUGAUCAUGAACUCAAGAACCAGGAACGAUAGGUUGGCAGGUCCAUGUGCGACUUAUUGCCAUAUUGGUAUUUUGUUGUUCGGACACUAAGUACAGGAUCCAUAGGAGCCUGUUUGCUGUCACUUUCUGUGGGGGGCUCGCGAACUGCAUUUGCAUGUCAGCGUGUUGUAAGUUGUAACUAGCAAUACAGAACCAAGUGCAAACCGCUACACCUUUUCCUCCUGCAGAUCGGGACCGGUAGGGAAGGUUUAAGGCGUGUUUGGUGUGUGGCGUAUGGCGCCACGCCACGCCUAAGUUGCGGCGGCCGAAUUGGCCGCCACAACUGCGGCACGAAAAGUGCGGCGGAUGGCGGUGGCGUAGGCAAGGUACCAAACACGCCUUUAGUGCUCUGUGUUUUGUACUGCAUGGUCUGAAGCUGCAGAGUGCAGACUACCAUUGGAGGGUAACGAGUAGUCCCAGCAAGUGGUACAGCCAUACAGGCGAGAUGGCAUGUGCCUGGGAAAUGAGAAUAGAGUGAUCGAACCUGCUUCGAAUUAUUUAGGGGACUGACUGCUCUUAUUUCAUUGUUUUGCUUUUUCUUUUGCGUGUACUAGGGUUUAGUGGCCACGCUUUUGUUUAUUUUACCAUCAGGAAUACAUCUUUAAUCAGUUACCCUAUCGUAUCUA